CAAUCAAUGGGAUUUGGGAACGAAUCAGCUGACUGUGCGUAAUCGGAAAUUUGAUGGGCUGAGUGAGCAACAAAGCGGCUUCAAGUUGUCUACACGUGUCUCAGUUGUACAUAUAUAUAUACACACAAUGUAUGUAUCUAUAGCGCAUACAGACGAGGGUAUUGUUCGUGAAAAAAUUGAGAAAUUCCAACUGGCGUACGAUAGUGAGCUGAGAACCGACGAUCUUCGCCGCUGGUUUGUCUGAGAUGGACUACUCCAUCUGCUUUCACGACGGCAACAUCACUGACUUGAUUAACAGCCGCACUCUCCGCGCUCACCAUGAUUUUAAUAACGAUCUCCAAAUGCACUCCUCACUUGUGCGAAGGCUGACCCUGGAAAGAGAACUGGAGGGUCACCGUGGAUGUGUGAAUACUAUAGCUUGGAAUUCAGAAGGUUCACUGUUGAUAUCAGGAUCUGAUGACACACAACUUAAUAUUUGGUCCUAUUCUAGCCGGAAACUUAUGCAAUCCAUUGAGACUGGUCAUUCUGCUAACAUUUUCUGUGCAAAAUUCGUCCCUGAAACUUCAGAUGAACUAGUUGUUUCUGGGGCGGCUGAUGCCGAGGUGCGCCUCUUCAAUUUGUCCCGUUUGAGGAAGAGUGGACUGGAGGAGAGAGCUAUCAGCCCGUCAGCAGUGUUUCAGUGUCAUACAAGGAGGGUUAAAAAAUUAGCUGUGGAGGUCGGAAACCCUAAUGUGGUCUGGAGUGCCAGUGAAGACGGGACAUUGAGGCAGCAUGAUUUCCGUGAGGGUGAUUCUUGUCCUCCUGCGGGGUCCUCUCAUCAAGAAUGUCGCAAUAUCCUUCUUGAUUUGCGUUUGGGAGCUAAGAAAUCAUUAGCAGAUCCUCCUAAGCAGUCCCUUGCUCUGAAGUCUUUCGAUAUCAGUUCCACUAGGCCUCAUUUACUUCUUGUUGGUGGCAGUGAUACAUUUGCGCGUUUGUAUGACAGACGAAUGCUGCCCCCACUAUCAUCUAGUCAGUACAAGUUGCAGCCACCUCCUUGUGUGAACUACUUUUGCCCGAUGCAUCUCUCUGACCUUGGUCGUUCUAGCUUGCAUCUCACUCACGUCACUUUUAGUCCUAAUGGAGAGGAGGUUCUUCUUAGUUAUAGUGGGGAGCAUGUUUACCUGAUGGACGUCAAUCUUGAUUCUGGGAGUACAAUGAGGUAUUCUUCGGGGGAUGUCUCGAAUCGUAUCAGCUCGAGUCCCCUACUACGUGGAGUAGAAAUGCAUUCAUCUCGUUCUGGUGUAUCCUCAAAUGGUUUUCCUCGGACAAAUAAAGCAGGACUUGAUAGGUGCAAGAAAUUAGUUCAGAUUGCUGAAAAAUCAUUAAAAACAGACACAGAUUAUUAUUAUGGAAUUGAGGCUUGUAAUGAAGUUUUGGAUGGCCAUGGUCAUGAAAUUGGGCCAACUCUCAUGCAGGAGUGUUUGUGUAUACGUGCAUCCUUGUUGCUCAAGCGGAGGUGGAAAAGUGACUCGCACAUGGCUAUCAGGGACUGUCAUAGAGCUCUGAUUAUUAAUCCUUCUUCAACCAGGGCACUGAUUUGCAUGGCUGAAGCACUUCUCUUGUUGGAAAAACAUAAGGAAGCGUUGGAAUUUGCUAUUACAUCCCGGUCUCUAGCUCCAACUGAUUCUGAAAUUAUGGAGAGGGUGGAGAGUAUUAAGAAGAAUGUUGCUGCAGCUGAAGCUGACAAAGCUAACACAGAGAGUGAUAGAGGAACCAAGGCAAGCUAUCGGGCAGGAAGAGUGCUUUCUUUGAGUGACAUAAUCUAUCAUUCCGAAGGAGACAAUGAUGCUUCAAUAGAUGGACCUGAAAGAGAAGACUCUGAAUAUGAUGAAGAGCUGGAAUUGGAUUUUGACACAUCAAUAUCUACUGAAGGAGGGUAUGAUGUUGACUCUGAUGUUCUCCCGAGAAACUUAAAUCUGAGGAUUCACAGGAUAGGUGAUUCAGCUGUGGAAACUGAGAGGCCGAAUGGAUCUAGUGAAUGGCCUCUAUUGUCGUGUGAAAAUGAAGCUCCUUACCAGCCUGAGAUGGCGGUAGAUAUGAAGCAGAGAUAUGUUGGUCAUUGUAAUAUAGGCACUGAUAUAAAACAAGCUAGUUUUAUUGGCCAGAGAGGUGAAUACAUUGCCAGCGGAAGUGACGAUGGUAGAUGGUUUAUCUGGGAAAAGAAAACCGGCCGCUUAAUAAAGAUGUUACAUGGAGAUGAUGCUGUUGUCAACUGUAUACAGUGCCAUCCACAUGAUUGUGUUAUUGCAACUAGUGGAAUUGAUAGCACGAUAAAGAUCUGGUCUCCAAAUUCCCCAGUCGCCUCCAUUGUGGCUGGUGGAGCAGCUGGACCAGAGACUUCAAAUGUAUUAGAUGCUAUGGAGGGCAAUCAGCGCAGAUUAUGUCGUACUCGUGAAACAAUUCUGCCUUUUGAGAUACUUGAACGUUUCAGGAUGCACGAGUUUGCUGAAGGAAGUUUCCAUCCAUUUGAGUGCACGCAAAGCUGAUAUAGUUCUUCUCACUGUAUUCGGCUAUAGUAUGACAGGGAAGUCGAUGAUUUAAAGAGCCUUGCUGAAGUUUGUGAAUCCACUGGACUGGUGAUGUAAAGUUUUUUUUGUGUACAGAAAUACAGCAGUGGCUACUACAAUCUCCCACUGUUUUCAUGAGAGAGAGAGAUGUAUUAUAUCAUUUGUUCGUUGCUCAAACUUACUGUUGAUAAUUAUUUUAUCGAUUUAAUUAUGCCA